UCAUCCAGCAGGGAAGAAGGAUCCACCUGAAGUCGAUUAUCUUUUAUAUUCUUUUUCUCCUCUUAUUUCUUGGAAACAGUUUAAACGGAAACAUUAAUUGCUCAAAGUUACCAUGAGCUUAAGAAAGCUGCAUUAUAAAGAUUUUUUAACAAUUGUUUUAGAAAUACAAAUACCAAAAUUUACGUAACAAUUUCGCAAAAUUGUGCGUCAGAUUAUCGAGUAGCGUGAUUAACAUAGAUCAAAUUGUCCAAUUGUGUUGCAACAAGUACGAGAAGUAAUACAGUGAUACUCUUGACAAUGUCACGAACAUCCUGACAGAGGAUUUUUAAUUGCUCAGAGGACAGAGGACAGAGGACAGUUUAAUUGCUCAUUUUUCAAAUAUUUUGGUAAUUUUGAUUCCUUAGAACAAAUUACAAAGAUUGAGAGAUAGAACAAAAAAAAAUUUUUCUUGACAAUCAAUUCCAAAGAUCUGUCUAAGUCGCCAAUAAUGUAAAUACGUGAUCAGUGAUCUCACACAAAUUUUCUAUAAACGCGUCGUAAAUUUUUUCUGUGAACAUUUGAUAGAUAAAAAUGAAGAGCGCAAUGCGUUUGCCGUUACUCACUUUACUUAUACUUUCCGCGAUCUCCGCCGAGGAAAUAUCUACCGAUAUUCCGAACGUAGAAGAACCGAUACUUCGAAUUAGAAGCUUACCAGCGACAAUCAAUGUGCCCGAAAAAAACUGGACCAGCCUGUCCGAUAUGCUGGAUGUUUUCAGUGCGCGUAAUUUAAUAAGAAAUUGGGUCGAAAGAAAGCACAACAUCGGAGUACAAUGCGAUAAAGACAUCACGACGUACGUCGAUGCUUUGAAGAAGGAAGAAUUAUGGGCGCUUAAAGUGGACGACGCAUCGGGAAGAUUUACCAAUGGGUUCUUCUGGGGUAACUCAUAUUUCACGGGAUCAGCCACCGAAUGUGAUUACAUCGGGCAAAAAUAUAUUCAAAAACAUUCCAAAAUUGCUGCGGAAUUAUCGAUCCAAGAAGUGCGAGAAUUUAAUGCGGAACCAAGAAAAAAGGUCAAUGUGGGUUUUAGCGGAAAAGAUACAUUGACCGAAGCAAAUUUUUCUGAUAUACCACCUUAUCAUUUGGGAUUCUAUAUGAUGAGGAUUUCCAUAAACGCAUCCCGAUAUACAUCAACAAGAUUGAUUCAUCUUGGCGUUUGUUUGCCAUUUUCAUGCUCUGCUUCCGACGUCGCCAUAAUUGGCAAACUUGCCGCAGGCGAAUUUGCAAUUAAACACUCGGCUAUAGAAAAAGUUAGAGAUCAGCACAAUCCGUAUGAUAUGUACACGGAUCCAGUUUUCUGGGUUUUGUUCGGUGUCAGCGUAAUAGUUUCGAUAUUGAUGAUCCUUGGCACUGGAUAUGAUUAUUAUUUAUUAAAUAAAGUAACCCGCAAGAAAAAUGUAAUCUACGACUUAGAGAAGCACGGAAAAUUCGAUGAUCUUACUAAUGGCAAUCAAAAACUAAAUGCUUUUCAAGGUAAGGUCUACCUUCCUGUUCCAGUGGCAGAUUCUAGCAGCAACGGUGUGCAGCAGAUUAAUAAUAACAACGAUCGUGAGAAUGACUCGCAGCCAUCCACCACGGAAGGACAACUUAGCGUCUUCGAGGAACUUCUACUUUCGUUCUCCGUUAUAACCAACUUGAGAGUCAUCUGCGACCGUAACGUGGGCGGAGACACCAUCAGCACCGUGCACGGGAUCAGGGCGAUAUCGAUGGCCUGGGUCAUUCUUGGGCACACGUGCAUCGUCAUCUUUAAGUAUUCGGAUAACAUGGAGUAUCGCAAAAUAGUGGAGAAGAGAUUCCUCUUUCAGACCAUCACGAAUGGAGCCUUCAGCGUCGACACCUUUUUCUUUAUGAGUGGUUUGCUGGUCAGCUUCCUGUAUUUCAGAACUAAUGCUAAGGGAGACUUGAAAAGACUCACGCAGGGCACGCGAGGCUUUGCUGCUGGCAGUCUGAAGUUCCUCGGCCUACUUAUUUACAGAUUUUGCAGACUCACUACGCCGUAUAUGUUCGUGCUGGGCACAGUCGAGAUUACCAUGAAGCAUUUUUACGCAAACUCUGUCUUCGAGCCUCCCACGGCAGAUCAUUAUAAUUGCCCCAAUUAUUGGUGGAGAAAUUUGCUUUAUAUCAACACUUGGUUCCCCGUCGAACAAAUGUGUAUGCUUUGGAGCUGGUACCUUGCGGAUGAUACGCAGUUCUACAUAGUGGGUGGAGUCAUACUAAUACUGGCUACGAAUCACUUCAAAAUCGCAGCUUUCGCGUUAGUCAGUCUAUUGAUCAGUUCAUGGGCAACUACUGGCUACAUUGCUUUAGUCAACAAUCACAUGCCAAGCUCGGACGACCCGUUAGCACUGUUCGAUAAGAUCUAUGACAAGCCGUGGACAAGAUUAGGUCCCUAUCUGAUUGGAAUGUCCGUCGGCUACUUCCUCUUUAAGACUGAUUGCAAAGUGAAAAUGUCCAAGACUACUGUCGUUGUAGGAUGGCUUCUAUCUGCCGCCUGUCUCUUGAGUUUGCUUUACGGUUUAUAUGAAGCAGAACUUGCACCUGUUACAGCCGCUGCAUAUUCUUCAUUGAGUCACAGCGCAUGGGCGUUGAGCUUAGCAUGGAUCGUGAUAGCAUGUAGUACUGGCUACGGAGGAUACGUAAAUAAAAUACUGUCAUGGCCAUUCUUGUACCCGUUUAGCAGAGUGACUUACUGCGCUUAUCUAGUUCAUCCACUUGUAAUUCGGUUAACCGCUAUGAAUAUAGACUCUCCAUUUCAUUUGGGAAAAGAUAUAGUGAUGAUAACAUUCUUGGGACAAAUAGUAUUAUCUUUCGCGUUGUCCUUUGUUGUAUCAGUCACCUUUGAAGCACCAGUAGUCAGUAUGCUGAAGAUUCUUUCACCGAAAAAGCGAAAACGUAUACAAUAGAGAUUAAGAUAUAUAUUUAAUAUACACCGAAUGCUCAUACGGUUAUUUAUACA